AUGUCUACCUUACUCCUCAACCUGGAUUUUGGCGAACCUCCCCCGAAAAAGACUUCAGAAGGGAAUGCCAAGCACCAAAAAUUUGUCAGGAGGCGGCGGUUCUUAGAAAGGAGAGGCCUUCUCAAUAAGAAAAAACAGCCCCCUAACAAUGUGCCUAAGGGGCACUCAGAACCCGCAAAGAAAGGGGUCGCCCCUCAGGUGGAUGGCACCUGGAACAUUUCUCCCCUUCCAAAAAAGAAGAAGACUGCAGACUCGAGCCGUGGGUCCGAGCCCACCCUGGACAAGAAAGCGUCUGUGCCUUGGCUGACCCCCGCCCCUUCACAGAAGACUGGUUCUGUUGUGGCGAAGGCAGAUUUGCUGGAGGAGUUCCAGAGCUCCCUUCCAGAGACUAAGAGCCCCCCAACUCGCCCUCAGAAGAAGGACCCCCAGAAGAACCCUAUUCAGAAGAAUACACCCCAUAACUCCACCCUGGCUCCCUCAGAGAACAAAUGCUCUGGAGCAUCCCACAAGACACCAAGGAAGAUGGUGGCGAUUGACUGUGAGAUGGUGGGCACGGGACCCAAGGGCCAUGUGAGUUCCUUGGCCCGAUGUAGCAUCGUCAACUACCACGGGGAUGUGCUCUAUGAUGAGUACGUCCUCCCGCCCUGUCACAUUGUGGACUACCGCACCAGAUGGAGUGGUAUGCGCAAGCAGCACAUGGUGAAUGCUACGCCCUUCAAGAUCGCUCGGGGCCAGAUCUUGAAGAUACUCACAGGGAAGAUAGUGGUGGGACAUGCCAUCCACAAUGACUUCAAAGCCCUUCAGUACUUUCACCCCAAAUCUCUCACCCGUGACACUUCCCACAUCCCUCCUCUCAACCGGAAGGCGGACUGCCCCGAGAAUGCGACCAUGUCUCUGAAGCACCUCACAAAGAAGCUGCUGAACCGAGACAUCCAGGCUGGAAAAAGUGGGCAUUCCUCUGUAGAAGACGCGCAGGCCACCAUGGAGCUGUACAAGUUGGUUGAAGUUGAGUGGGAACAGUACCUGGCCCAGAAUUCCCCUAAAGAUUAG